UAGACUCAGCCAAUCACAUCACACUUCCUGGUCCGACCCACAGUCUUCCUUCCUUAGUUAUUUAACAGUGGUCAUUGUGGCUAUUGGUUAACAAGUUGUAGAGAUCAAUGAGAAUGAAAGAAGACAUUGAGGACUAAAAUAACAAGGACAUAGUGCUACAAUAUCUUAAAUGGCACUGUCAAGGCUUUGGAAACAUAAAGAUGAUAAACAUUAAACAUUUAACUUUGUUUACGUGAAACAUAAACUGUCAUGAAACAUAAACAACUUUGGAAAGGUAUCAGAAGGGCAAUGCGUGUGCUUUCCUUGUUUCUUAUAUUUUUUCUGGUUUUCUCUUCUGCCACCAUUGAUUUUCAGCCAGUAUGUCCAUCGCAAAGAUCCAUGCGCGUGAGAUUCUCGACUCCAGAGGAAACCCCACCGUAGAGGUGGACCUUUAUACACCUAGAGGUCGGUUCCGUGCUGCGGUGCCCAGCGGGGCCUCCACCGGCGUCCAUGAGGCUCUGGAGAUGAGAGAUGGAGUGAAGGGCCGUUACCUGGGCAAAGGUGUACAGAAAGCAGUUGACCAUGUUAAUAAUGACAUCGCUCCCAGAUUAUUGAAGGAGAAGCUAUAUGUGGUUGAACAGGAGAAGAUUGAUAAAAUCAUGCUUGACCUGGAUGGCACAGAAAAUAAAUCUCAGUUUGGUGCUAAUGCCCUCUUGGGCAUUUCUCUGGCGGUGUGCAAGGCAGGAGCAGCCGAGAAAGGUGUGCCACUCUACCGCCACAUCGCUGACCUGGCUGGACACAAAGAUGUCAUUCUACCUGUGCCUGCCUUUAAUGUCAUUAAUGGCGGCUCCCAUGCUGGUAACAAGCUCGCCAUGCAGGAGUUUAUGAUCCUGCCAGUGGGAGCGGCUAAUUUCCGAGAGGCCAUGCGCAUAGGCGCAGAAGUCUACCACAACCUGAAGAGUGUCAUCAAGGGCAAAUAUGGCAAAGAUGCUACCAACGUGGGAGAUGAGGGUGGCUUUGCUCCCAACAUCCUAGAGAACAACGAGGCUUUGGAGCUCCUGAAAUCUGCCAUAGAAACGGCUGGCUACACUGAUAAAAUCAUUAUCGGCAUGGAUGUAGCAGCCUCAGAGUUCUACAAGAAUGGGAAGUAUGACCUGGACUUCAAGUCCCCAGAUGACCCGAAACGCCACAUCACUGGACAACAACUGGGAGACCUGUAUAAAGGUUUCAUCGAGAAGUAUCCAGUGCAGUCCAUUGAGGACCCCUUUGACCAGGACGACUGGGAAAACUGGUCAGCAUUCACAGAAUCCGUGGACAUCCAGGUGGUCGGGGAUGACCUGACGGUGACCAACCCAAAGCGCAUCCAGCAGGCUGUGGAGAAAAAAGCCUGCAACUGCCUGCUGCUCAAAGUCAACCAGAUCGGCACCGUCACGGAAUCCAUCAAGGCGUGCAAACUGGCUCAGUCCAAUGGCUGGGGUGUGAUGGUCAGCCAUCGCUCAGGGGAGACAGAGGACACAUUCAUCGCUGAUCUGGUGGUCGGCUUGUGCACUGGGCAGAUCAAGACUGGUGCCCCCUGUAGGUCAGAACGUCUUGCAAAGUACAACCAGUUAAUGCGCAUUGAAGAGGAGCUGGGUGAUGAAGCAAAGUUUGCUGGCAAAGACUACCGUCACCCCAAGAUCAACUGAGCCUUCUCAUAUGUCUGCCUAGUCUUAAAAGUCAUCAAAUUAAGCAGGAAGCGUCUCCCGAGAAUUUCUGUGCCUGUCGACUUUUAAAUCAUACUAUUUAAUUACCUUGUGCCUCUGUCAUCUGAGGCUGUGAAAAAUCUAAUAAAAUGUAAUAAUGCAGAUAAG